AUGGCCCACCGCAUUGCUGGCCUGAAGCACAUCUCGAAUGCGCUCGCGACCCCAGAUCAGCUUUCGAAUUCAUCGUCGUCAAUUGACGGAGUACCUUCCGAGCUUGAGACGUCAAUUCGUUGUGCCGGCGCGCAACUCACACAGGACGCUGGAGUCUUGCUAUAUCUCUCGCAAGACAUUAUUGCGCAAGCUGUUGUCAUUUUCACGAGGUUCUGGCUAGGUGCGGACGGGGGCAGCUUGCGGAUCUACUCGGCCAAGGAUGUCUCCGCCGCCGCUCUGUAUUUGUCUGCCAAGUUGUCGUUUCAACCCACCUCGCCUCGCUCGGUUCUCAACGCCUACAAUUUCCUUCUCUCCCCUCAAGCAUCCCCCUUGUGGUUCGUGAACCCGCAGGGUACUCCAUCACAGCCACCGGCUACGGACUACUACAUCCUCUCAGAGGGUAGCUACCAGGCCGGGCGCUUGGUCCUCUUGCGUAUCGAGUCAGUCAUUCUACGGACUCUUGGGUUCGACACGCACGUUGCACUACCUCACACUAUUGCGCUUACCUACCUUCAAACCCUCGGUGUGAACAAUUCCGAGGUCUCGCGCCGAAUCCUCGAACAUCUGAACGCCGCGCUUCUCUCACCGCAAUUAAUCUAUGUGACGCACCAGCCAAAUGCUCUCGCAGUAGCAGCGAUCUAUCUCGCCACGCGGGAAAACGGCGUGAAGUUAGUAGACGGAGAGUGGUGGGAAGUAUUUGAUGUGGACCGGGAAGAGCUAGGCUUCUUGGUCGUUGGCAUGCAAAGCACCGAGGGCUUCUUGCGCAAGGAGAAGGAGACGUGGAAGGGCAGAACCAUUCCCUUGGUGACGGAGGAGGUUGACGCAGAGAUUGAGCGACGAAGGAUGAUGGAAGAAGGGGAAUGA